AGUUGGGCUUAUGCGAAAAGCCCAAUGGACGUAACCGAGAGGCCUAGGGUUACACCUUCAGCAUCAUAAAACCCUCUAUAUAAAUAGAUGAAAGGAACUCUGUGACGAGUUUUGUUCUCUUGUUGUAAACCCUAGCGAUCAGCGGCAAGCAGCAACUAUCAACAACCAACCAUGGCAGACGUUGAAGUCGAUACAGCAGCAGCCGCCGCCGGAGUCCCAAAGAAGAGAACGUUUAAGAAGUUCAGUUUCAGAGGAGUUGAUUUGGAUGCUCUUCUUGACAUGUCCACUGAUGAGCUCGUUAAGCUCUUCAGUGCUCGUGCUCGUAGAAGGUUCCAGAGAGGUCUCACCAGGAAGCCUAUGGCUCUCAUCAAAAAGCUUCGCAAAGCGAAAAGGGAGGCACCAGCAGGUGAAAAGCCAGAACCUGUUAGGACUCAUCUUCGUAACAUGAUUAUUGUUCCUGAGAUGAUUGGGAGCAUUAUUGGAGUGUACAAUGGAAAGACAUUUAACCAGGUUGAAAUCAAGCCUGAGAUGAUUGGACAUUACCUUGCUGAGUUCUCAAUUUCAUACAAGCCAGUUAAGCACGGUAGACCUGGUAUUGGUGCUACUCACUCCUCCAGGUUCAUUCCUCUCAAGUGAAGUGCCCUUUUUGGCAGGAUGCAGUUGUAUUUUUCAGUUUAUUUUGAAGGAAAAAACCCAAGAUGAUUUUGUUUCUUAUGUUUAGUGCCUUUUAAUUUGAUUGCUUGGUAGUAUAAACAAUGUUUUGCUAAUGACUUUUUUAUAAAGUUUCAGCAGUAUCUUUUCGUUUGUUUUA